GAAGACUGAAGAUGGUGAAGAGAACAGAACAGACGAAAACCUGAUAUCUCACCGAACUUCCAACGGCGACUGGAAUCCAAAAAAUAUCUAAGCAGCGACGGCGCGUGGGGGGAAACAUAAUGACCGCAAAAUCACCGUCACAUCCCCAUCAGCAGCAACGUUCAAUGGAGGAUGUUCACGGAUUGAUCUUAGACUCUGCUGCACCACUCCACAAAAACACUUUUCAAAUUCCUGAUAUUCGACGACCAAUCGCCAAGACGAGAGAAGUUGGGGAAUUUGUUAGUGGUGCUUUGGCUGGGGCUAUGACUAAAGCUGUUUUAGCUCCUCUUGAAACCAUCAGGACCCGGAUGGUGGUGGGUGUCGGGUCAAAAAAGAUAUCUGGUAGCUUUUUAGAGAUAAUCGAAAAACAAGGUUGGCAAGGACUUUGGGCUGGUAAUGCAAUAAACAUGAUACGAAUUGUACCCACACAAGCAAUUGAACUUGGAACAUUUGAAUGUGUGAAACGAGCGAUGACAUCAGCGAAAGAAAAAUGGAGUCAAGAAGAUUGUCCGAGUGUGCAAAUCGGUCCGGUCAAACUAAGUUUUUCUCUGUCAUGGCUGUCACCAGUUGCCCUUGGUGGUGCAGCUGCAGGAGUGGUUAGCACCCUUGCAUGCCAUCCUCUUGAAGUCUUAAAGGAUCGGUUGACUGUAAGUCCUGAUGUUUAUCCUAAUUUGGGCAUCACGGUUAAGAGGAUGUAUAAAAAUGAAGGGAUUGGGUCUUUUUAUUCUGGUCUUUCUCCAACAUUAAUGGGCAUGCUGCCGUACAGCACUUGUUAUUAUUUCAUGUAUGACACCAUCAAAAAGUCUUACUGCACGGCUCAUAAGAAGAAAGCUUUAAGUCGUCUCGAGAUGCUGCUGAUUGGAGCUCUUUCAGGUUUAACUGCAAGCACAAUAAGUUUUCCAUUAGAGGUGGCAAGGAAGCGGCUAAUGGUUGGAGCACUACAGGGGAAGUGCCCCCCACACAUGGCAGCCGCACUAUCUGAAAUUGUGAGGGAAGAGGGGUUUGCGGGAUUAUACAGAGGAUGGGGUGCAAGUUGUAUGAAGGUUAUGCCAUCUUCUGGUAUCACAUGGAUGUUUUACGAAGCGUGGAAAGACAUAUUGAUCGGUGACAACCAUCAAGAAUAAGUAAUAAUCUAACUGAGUUCUAACCAAUGUACCGAAAUAUUUUGCCAUGUUAAGAAAAUAAUACAUUGAGACAUGUCAAUUUGACUUUUGUUUAGAGUCAUGUUUGACCCUCUUUCAAGAAUUUGAAGAAAACUAUGAUAAAUCAGCUAAUCAGACCAAA